AUGCUUCGAGUCUCCAAAGCCCUACGAAUGGCCGAAAACGCAGCAAAGAGAAUCAAGAUGUCGUCGCCCGUCACCAUCGGCACCCACAACGGCCACUUCCACGCCGACGAGGCCCUGGCCGUGCACAUGCUGCGCCAGCUUCCCACCUACCAGGGCGCCAAACUCGUCCGCACCCGCGACCCGGCCGUCCUGGCGACCUGCCACACCGUCGUCGACGUGGGCGGCGAGUACGAUCCCGCCCGCAACCGCUUCGACCACCACCAGCGCGGCUUCGCGACCACCUUCCCCGGCCGGCCCACCAAGCUCUCCAGCGCCGGCCUCGUCUUCCUGCACUUCGGCCGCGCCCUGAUCGCCCAGAAGACCGGCGCGUCGCCCGAGGCCGCCGAGACGGACCCGGACGUCGCCCUCCUGCACCACAAGCUGUACGAGUCCUUCGUCGAGGCCAUGGACGCCCACGACAACGGCAUCUCGGCCUACGACGCGGCCGCCCUCGCCGCCGCCGGCAUCGAGAAGCGAUUUGCCAACGGCGGCUUCUCGCUCGCCUCCGUCGUGGCCCGCCUCAACCCCAACUGGAACGACCCCGUCCCCUCCGACCCGGACGAGGCCCAGCGCGCCGAGGACGCCCGCUUCGAGCUCGCCAGCGCCCGCAUCGGCGAGGAGUUCGACCGCGACCUCGACUACUACGUCCGCGCCUGGCUGCCCGCCCGUGCCGUCGUCAAGGCCGCCUUCGACAAGCGCGCCGAGCACGACCCCGAGGGCCGCGUCCUCGUCUUCGAGGGCACCAGCGCCCCCUGGAAGGACCACCUGUACUCCCUCGAAGAGGGAAAGCCCGGCGUCCUCUACGUCCUGUACCCGGAGAACCCCGGCCCCGGGGCCAAAUGGAGGGUCCAGUGCGUCCCCGUCUCCAAGGACUCCUUCGAGAGCCGCAAGCCCCUCCCGGAAGCCUGGAGGGGAUUCCGUGACCAGGAGUUGGACGGCAUCACAGGUAUCUCCGGCUGCGUGUUUGUUCACGCUGCUGGGUUCAUCGGCGGGAAUGCUACUUUUGAAGGCGCCAAGGCCAUGGCUCUCAAGGCGCUGGAAUCCUAG